GGGCACUGCAGAAGCAAGCAAUGUUGGUGCGUCAGCUGGAGGAUGAGUUGCGAAUCCGCAACGUGCGGGGACCAUCUCUCGAGAUACAACACGAGGUCGAGCGAGUGUUCGCGGAAAAUGAUCACCUGACGCGCGAAAUCGCCAUCCUCAGGGAAACCGUUCGGGAGCUGGAAAUGAGGAUCGAGAGCCAGAAGCAAACCCUUCAAGCUCGCGACGAGAGCAUCAAGAAACUUCUCGAGAUGCUUCAGAACAAAGGCAUCAGCAAAGAGGAGGAGAAGCAGGCCAUCUCCCAGAUGCAGCACAUGUACCAGCGACAGGAGAGGGCGUGCCUGAGCCGGAGCCUGUCGGCUCUGGACCGACAGCGUGAGGCCACGUGCGUGUCACGUGUGACGGCCAUCGAACGGGAUCUGUGUGCCCUGGAACGGCAGAUAUUCGGCUCCGACUCCUCGCUCGCUGCGUCCGAUCUCACGCGCAGUUUCACUUAUUCCGAACCCGGCUCGAGCUUCAGGUCCAGGGAAAGGCAGUGGAAAUACGAUUUGGAGGAGAUGAAGAGCGAAGUGAACAGACGGGACCAAGAAAUCCUGGCUUUCGGGGCGAAGAUGAAAGCAUUAGAGGAGCAGCACACGGAUUACCAACGCCACAUUGCCGUGCUCAAAGAAUCUCUCAUGGCCAAAGAAGAACAUUACAACAUGCUCCAAGCCGACGUCGAGGAAUUGAAGACUCGUCUGGAGGAGAAGAACCGUUUGAUCGAGCAGAAAACUCAGGCAACCCUGCAUGCAGCUCAAGAAAGGAACAGGUUUGGUCAAGAAAUGAACGAGAUCCGAGAUCAGAUGGACAUCAAAGAUCGCAAGAUCAACGUCCUUCAACGAAAGAUCGAAAACUUGGAGGAUCUGUUGAGGGAGAAAGACAAUCAGGUGGAGAUGGCUCGAGCCAGGUUGAACGCGAUGCAAGCAAGUCAUUCCACGUCGGAAGGGGCUUUGACUUCCCUGGAAGAGGCCAUCGGGGAUAAAGAGAAACAAAUCGCUCAACUCCGGGAACAGAGGGACAGGGCCGAGCAGGACAAGGCCGAGGAGAGGGAACUGCACGAACGGGAUAUUGCCGAAUACAAGAUGAAACUUCACUCCUUGGAAAGCGAGCUGGAGAAGGUUCAGUUGCGGCUGGAGCGAGCCCAAGCUGAGAAAGCAAAACUGGAAGCAAAACUUGAGACGUCGCAGUCGGAACUGGGAAAGUGCAAGGCUGAGUUGGACAAAAUGUCUAACGAAGUCGGGAAGAACGUGAGCGAAUGGGAAUCCGCCCGAUACCGAUUGACCAAGUUGGAGUUGGAGAACGAAAAAUUGAAGACGGACAACGAGAGACUCCAAGGAAACGUUGGAAGUUACGGACUGAGUUCGGGCAUGAGUUCCGGAUUACCCAGGGGCAUCUCCAUGCCCAUGAGCCAGGAGCUCCAGGAGAAACUGGACAGAUGCCAGACGGAACUCAGAAGGACCCAAGCCGAGCUCCGCAUGAAUCAGGUGGAAUAUGAACGUGCCCAUGGAGAAGUGAUAGUGCUUCAGGAGAAGGUAGAAAAGAGCCAGGGAGAGAUCUACCGAUUGAAGGCUCGCCUCGAAAACGCCCAGUCCGAAAAGGAUAACCUCCAGGAGGAAUACGACCGAUCUCAGUCGGUGUUGAGUCGAAUCUUGACGGAGAAGGAGAGAGCGACGAGCGAAGUGGAAAAACUCCGUGAAGAAUUGGAAACUUCACAAGCCACAUUGGGCAAAGCACAACUCCAGCAAGAAAAGACCCAGAAUCUUCUGGACAGGGCCCAAACGGAAGCCGAUCAACUGCAAGAGAAAUUGGAACGAGCUCAAGUGGAUCUCCGAAGGGCUCAAACAGAAAGAGAGAAGCUGACAGAACAGGUGGAGGGUCUCCAGUCCCAAGUGGACAAGACGAGCGGGCAGACCAGUCGACUGCAGAAAGAGAAAGACGCUGCCGUUGUCGAGGCGGAUCGGUGUCGAGAGAAGGCUGACAAAGCGCAGGCGAGCCUGACUCGAAUGCUAAAGGAGAAGGAAGGAUGGGAAGUGGAACGAGAGAAGCAGAUCGAGCGAAUGGAGAUGCUUCAGGGUCAAUUAAACAAAGCGACCCGUGAUCGAGAUUCUGCCAAAACGGAAGUGGAGCUUGUGCAAGAGCGACUGGACAAGGCCCAGUCUUUGGUCAAUAAACUCACGACUGAAAAGGAUGUUCUCCAGAAGGAACUGGAUGCAACCAAGGAAAAAUACGAAAAGAUCCAUUCUCAACUUCUCAAAGCACAAGAAGAGAGAGACUCUACCAACAAGGAAUAUGAACGGAUACUGGACAAAUACGACAAAGCUCAGGGAGAGCAGUACCGAUCCCAAGGCAAGUUGGAGUCCCUUGAAGCUGACUUGGAUCAUGCUAAGAUGGAGCUGGAAAAGGAGAAACUUGUGGUGAUAAAGCAGAGGGAGGAGCUCCGAAAGCUCCACGACGAUCAUAAGGCACUCCAGGAGCUCUAUGAUCGCACGGCGGCCCAGUACGGCCGAUUUAAGGACACAGAAGAGAAGAGCAAAGAAGAGAUGGAGGCCCUGAAACUGGAAGUUGAAAUCACGAGAGAGAAAUACGAGAAGGCGCAGACCGACCUCCGUCGAUACAUAGGCGACAAGGAGAGGUUAUCGAGCGAGGUCGAGAAGCUGACCUUCGACCUCGAUCGAGCCCUUGCACAAUACGGCAAAUCCCAGGCGUCCCAAGAGAAGAACGCCGAAGACCUGGCCAAGCUUCAGCUGGAAGUGGAGAAAGUCUACGAAAAAUGCGACCGCUUGCAGAUAGAGCUGCGACGAACGCAGAUGGAACGGGACAAACUCAUCGGCGAAAACGAGACGAUUCAGGCAGAAUUGGACCGGUUUCAGACCCGAGUUGGGAAGAUCCAAGACGUGGAAGAACGGAGCAAGGAAGAGGUGGAUCGGUUGAAACUCGAGGUGGAGAAAUUCAAGGAUAAACUGGAGAAGUCAGAGACGGAGCUAGGACGACAGGGUCUCAUGCGAGAUAAACAGGAACAGGAGAUGACAAGAUUAAAGAAAGAAUUGGAACGAGCCGAGGGCAUUAAGAAUCGAUAUCUCAGCGAACAGGACCGAUCGAGGCAGGAAACGGAACGAAUGCAAGCGGAAAUAGACCGUCUCAGGGACAAAUAUAACUACAGCCAGGAAGAGGCCGGGAAAUAUCGACUGAGCAUGGAGCGUCUCGGCGACGAACUCUCCAAGGCUAGGAUGGAACUGGAACGAUAUCAGGCCCAGCUGGGAAAAUAUUCCAGCAAAUACGAGGAAGAGCGAGAGAGGCUGAACAUCGAUCACGAGAAGGUGAAGGACAAAUAUGAGAAGUGCCAGGUAGAUCUCGUCAAGGCCCAGCAGAAACAAGAGAAACUGGAGUACGAGAACGCGAAACUCAAGGGAGAACUGGAGCAGUAUCAGCUUCAACUUGAGAAGGCGUCCAUCGUGCAAGAACGGAACAGAGAAGAGGCCCAGAGGGAACUGGAACGCCUGGAGAAAUUGACCAAGGAUAAGGAAAAGGAAACCAUGACGCUGAAGGAGGAACUGGAGAAAACGAGACAAGGUCGGGCUGAGACGAGCAUGGAAAUGAAGGUGAUGAGAGAGAAACUGGACAAGGGCGACGCCAAUUACCAGGGCCUGGUCCAGGAAAGAGAGCGCCUUCACAUGGAACUCCAAACCCUCCGACAGGACCACGAGGGCCGACAGAAGGAAAUGGAGAAGUUCCGAGUUGAGAUGGAAAAGAUGAAGGAGGAGAACAAAAGACUUCGGGGACACCUGGAGAAACGGGACAAGCAAGGGAGUCAGGAGAUGCUCAAGAUGGAGAACGAACUGCGGCAGAUGAAUUCGGAGCGGGAGCAAUUGGUGUCUCAGCUGGAGAAAUCCCAAGAAGCCUUACUCGGUCUCCAGCAGGAGAUGCAAGGUAUGGAUAACGAACUGCAACGGUGUCAAGAGGAGAACAAGAAGCUGAGGACAGACCAACUAGGUCGACAGGCGAAACAAGAUCAAGACCUGGGACGCCUUCAACAACAGUUCCUGGCCAUGGACAAGGAAGUGCAGAAUGCGAAAGCUGCCCAGGAGAAAGAACGGGCUCGGGCUGAGAAACUGGAGAAGGAACUACAAAGCCUGAGGUCCCAGCAGACUGCAAGCAAUCAAAAUUCGAGUGCGGAGGUCCAGAACCUCCAGAGUCGCCUCCAGUCCGAGAAGGGCCGAGCCGACAAAUCCGAGAAACUCUUGACGGACUUGCAGAAGGAACUUGGGGCCAUGCAAUCCCAAAUCCAGAAUUACGAAAGAGAGCUGAAUAAGCAGAGCAAGGACGGGAACGCCGAGAUGCAAAAGAUUCGCGGAGAACUCCAAAAGGCGAAAAAGGACGCAGAAACAUCCAACGUGGAGAAGCAGAGACUCCAGUCUCAACUCGAGCUUCUGGUUCAGGAACUCGAGCAAAAACAGUUGGAGGUGCAAGAAGCAAGCAGAAGAGAAGGUCAGGGUCAGGCUGCGAGCGAGGUCAACCGACGAGCCUUGGACGAGGAGAAGAAGAAGACGGACGAGGAGAAGAGGAAGUUGGAAGAAGUGAAGAAGAAGGUGGAGGAAGCGAAGAAGAAGGUGGAGGAAGAAAAGAAGAAGGUAGAAGAAGAAAAGAAGAAGGUAGAGGAAUUCAAGAGAAAGAUGGGAGAGUACGAAGGGGGAGUGGAGAAGAAAAGGAAGCAGGUGGAGGAACGGGAGAAGAACUUGGGAGACAUGGACUCUCAACUCCGGAUGAGGAAGAAGGAGCUCGAGGAGAUGGAAACCGUUUUCCAUAAGCGGAUGCAGGAGGAAGGUGGUGCCGCCGGGCAGAAGGUGGCAGAACUGCAGAAGAAGGUGGCGGAAUUGGAGCGACAAGGGGGAGGGGACUCGGGGAAACUACAGCAAGAGAACAAGACCCUGCAGAGCGAGAUGGAACGCCUCCUCCAACUCAUGCAAAUGUCCGAGGAAGAAAAGUUCGCCAAGGACAACAAAAUCAAGCAGCUUCAAGAGGCCUUGAAAAAGGCGCAGUCGGGAGCUUCUCAGGGAGCUUCGAUCGGCGACUUGGCGAACUCUGCCAAAGGCAAGAACGACGUGAACGAAAAGGAGAUUCGGAUCCGAGAGUUGGAGGAAGCCCUGAGAGAAACGGUUCGGAUCACGGCGGAACGGGAGAUCCAGACAGCCGAGGAAGCACAUAUCCUGCACUCCAAGAUCAGGUCGUUAGAGAGGAAAUUGAAGAGGCACGGAAUUCGAAUCAGGAAAUCGUCGAGACUGGAGCAGGUGACCGAAGAACCCGGUCCACGUCAACCCGACGACUUCCAUCAUCUGGAGGAAACGAAAACGAGCCUGGUUUCCCAGGAAGAGAAGCCGGAAGCAGACGUACCAGACAAUACUCACGCAGAAUUGGUGAGUCGAAAAAUCAUUCACCUGUUAGAAUCCCCUUUUGAAAUGAUCGUGCCCGGACCGGAGGCAAUGAAGCGUCAUCUGUCUCACAUUAAGCCUGAAAAGAGAACCAGGUCCCAAACGAUCCCUCCAAUUGGAUUACCACACAGACGGGACGAGGGAGGGAGGGGAGAGGAAGGGAGGGAGGGAGGGAGGGAAGGAGUGGGAGAAUCGGAGACAGAGAAGCCCAUCGACGUCAUGUAA